AUGAAUAUCGUCAUCAUUGGUGACACCAAACUAAAGAAACCAUUUGCAGAAACAUUAUUUAAUCGUAAAUUCACAGGCAACUCUGAUAUAUUUCACUAUCCUCUAUUUGAUCUUCAAGAUACAAUAUCAGAGGAAGAUAUAGGUAAACCUAUAUCUAACCAAGUUUAUCAUCAGAUGCCAGAUUUUUAUUUUGUCGUUUAUGAUGUAACCAAUCAAAGUAGUUGUGGUCAGGGUCAACAUGAUGUUAUUGGUAUGAAUCCCGAUCCCGAUCCAAAUCAAUCUACUCUUCAAACCAAACCAAACAAUUUCGUUCAAAAAGUAUUCUCUGGACGCUACCAUUACUUUGAAUUUGAAAAAGGCCAUUGUAUCGAUCGAGAUAUGUCGAACCACCAAUCUUGUUUAAAAGACAUUGCUUUGAAAGCGCAAUAUUCUAUAGAAACAACACAUACUUGA